GUGUACACGAAUUUCGGUCGUUGCUACGGUUUCUUGAUCGUGGUUGCUCCGUGGUUUCGUAUCUCGAUCUCUACAAGUUGUACUUAGCGUUAGACGUCGAGCUAACUCGUCUCUAUUAGCUAACUUCCGUUAGUACUUCUGAGCGACGAAGCCCCUUCAUCCCUCGAACUUACAAGAUUGCAAAUUGCACUUGUGUUGUACAUGGAUGUAGGUCGUUUCUCAUCAUCGUUAGUAUUGAUUGAGGUACGGUGAAAACAUAAAAAGAAGCAACCAUGUCGGGCACGAAGGCUGUCAUCAGGCAGCAAGAGAUGAGUCAAGAGAUGCUUGACUUCAUCGUCGCCAAGACAAUCGUAGCGCAGGAGCAGUUCAAUAGCGAAAAAGACAUCGCCACUUUCCUCAAGCAGGAAAUGCAAGACAUGUAUUGUCUUUAUUGGUCAUUUUUCCGUCCUACAAGAAAUUGUGCGAAUAAAAUCUCGCAGAUAAACUACGAGCUGCACCACACAACAAGCACUUUGUCAUCGUUUCAUGCUUGCUUUGGUAGUUAAUGUGGAUUAGAUCGCUUAUGAUUUUAGCCUAGAAAUGUUGCAUCUGAAAACUACAACAGCUACCAGAGCACGUGGCACGUGGUCAUCGGUAGGUACUUCGGCAGUUACGUGACACAUGAGAAGGGGUGUUAUUGCUACUUUUACGUGGGGCAAAUGGGAGUACUAGCUUGGAAAACACCGUGAUGAAAAGGGUGAAGCUCUAUACUUCCUCAUUGCAUCAGUAUAUUCUAAUUCAGUAUAGGUCCCUCUGUCUGGUUUACUACUGUGAUCCGUAUUUCUAGAUACAACGUUGCAACAUCAAGCCAGCAGACGUGAAGGCAGGAGGCAGAAGGGGCUCCUUCAUAUCAAACUCGAUGGUGGCCAGAAAUCAUCGUGUAGCAAUCAAAUAUAAUUACAUUUUGGACGAGUAGAAAUUCUGGAGCAACCGAAGAAAUUGCUAUCUUAGGCUGGUCAUAACUGAAAAUAGUUCAACUACACCUAGAAGCGUCGUAACCCAUUUCUAUUUCUACCAUUGCAACCGUUAAUUCAACCAUUCUACUCACUGCUAAAAUUUAUUACGUCUACCUUCUAACAACAGGAUCAGGAAUCAAUACGCAAAAUCAACUUCUGGUCUAUCCACCCACUCACCCCCACGCUGAAAGUUAUCGGCACUUAGGCCCCGAUCGAAUAUCACAGAUAUAAUCAUCGGCUUCCUUGAUUACAGUAAGUAUCGACCCCAAUUAUGUUGGAUCAUGUACCUGCACGCGCCUGACGCAUAUCACUGUCAGCGCGGUCGCUGUUCGCUGACUUGCACAGUCAUAGUUUCCCAAAAGAGAUUACUUUCGCCUUGAAUCAUGCUGAGUGAGAGCUUUUACAGAGAGAAC